CGUUCACUUGAUGCGCUUUCGAAAAUAACUUUUCUCUUUGCACGUCUGCUUCUACAUUGGAGUUUUGACUUGUCACUCUUACUCGACGGAGGCCAUGGCGAGCCCAAACGGAGAUAACCCGGAGCCGGGACAGGAGCAGCCUAAAGAACCCACACAGCAAAGUCAGGCACAACAAGACAUCGCUCAAGAUAUGUCAGGGCUGGAUAAGACAAUUCGGAUGAGCGGAACAUGCCUCAAAGAUCCUCGGUACAAGGACUACGAAUUCGAAGGUGUAAUGCGAGCACAUGAGGAUAGAGAACACGAAAGCACAGAAGACAUCGCGGCAGAGGCAGUCGACCUUCCCCCACCGCCCCGGCUAGAUGCAAUGGCGAGGAAGUACGGUGUUGUGCAUGAACUACCGGGAGGAUUCUAUUCGAAAAAGGUUUAUACCAAGGACCUAUGUGCAAGAAUUCCUGGGGGCUGGAUGAUCGAAAGACUUGAGGCUGAGAAGGUCCAUGUUCGCGACAGCAAUGGUGCGACCACCACUUCGACGCCUUUCAGUCGAACCGUGGAGAGCAGAAUUUUUGGACGCUUUGAAGCCUUUGUGCUAUCUACCACCGGCAAAUAUAGGAGCAAUACCAGGAAGAAUAACUGCCCAUACUUGAUCCUGGGCAUCUUUUCUCGUGCCGACAACGUGCCAGCAGAGAUUCGAGUUGAGAUCCACUCGCCAGCGUAUCUUUUUACGACGCUUUCUUGGGGCAUCAUGCGACUUCGCGGUCUAGAGUUUUGGUUCUCCUUGAGGGAGGUCAAACAGUUUAGGCUUUACAAGUGCAGGUGGAAGAAUGGACAACACAUUCAGGUGCCGCUAACUCUGAAGAGCGAGCGCUCUUUAUAUCAGCUAUGGCGUACGUAUUCAGAAUGGUGGCGCUCGAAAGACACAGGAGAGCAAUGGACCAGAUGGAUCCAUGAAAACAUAAAUCGGGGGUCUAAUGAGCCCUUAGAUGAGGAUGUCGAAGACCACCUAUCUCUCGAAGUGGUACUUGGAUGGUCGGCCCUUAGAAUCUCUGCAAUUGUUCUUAUGCCCGUCAUGCUGAGUUUAGCCAUCGGUCUCUGGUUCCAGUGGAGCAAUCCGAAAGACUUGGCAACAAUUCAGGCAGCGUGGAGUAUCGCCUCCUAUGUUGUGACGGCUUCAGGAUGUGAGCUAUCUCUUUCUCCUGAAAAGAGUUCCUGGCUAACAAGUGUAGUAUUCGCUGCAUUGAUCGCCAUCGUCAGCAGUUUAUAGGAUAAUCUAGGCUACUAAAGACCCAAUAUCAUGUAGAGGUAGAAUCGAUUCAUAGGCGUGGCGGAUAGUCGAAGUAAAUCCUCCUCAACUCUGGAUUUUGACAGUUGCGUCAAAUUUGCUCGGGCAAUACAAGAGAGUAUUUUCGAUUGAUAAAUCUGUCGAGCAUCACAGUAAACAUA